CGGUCCAAACGCCAAAUUCAUCUCAUCUAUUUUGCUCAUGGAGGUGCGGGUACAGAUAUAUUUUUGCAAUCCCAAGAGUAUGAGCGCUUAGAUCGAAGUACAUUUGGCUUUACAUUACGAUAUCCUCCGACGAGGUGUCAUAGUUUCUCGCACGAAUACACAUUGCAAUCGAAAAAUAUCAGCAAUGGUGACAACAAGUGAUCUACUCUUCCGUUUUGUGGCUGCAGCAAUAACGUUUGGGGUCGUCAAUGUCAACGGUGUUGAUGCAAAUUGGUUACCAUGGAGCAGCAGUAGCGAAGCGCAGGUCGGAUCGGUAUCGCUGAAUCAGUUUCAAUCCUUUUGGAUUGAAGCAACUGACAUUAUAUCUGAUUUGGACAGCUACGACAAACUUUGGAUUAAACCCCAUUCGUGUGUUUGGUCCGAGUGCAACGUCGAUGACACCGACGACGGGUACACGGGAGACAAUCGUGAUGGAGAUGAGCAAUGGUAUCAGUAUCGUACCCAAGGCUUCUGUGCGAAUGCAGCAUAUUCUCUGUACGGUCGAAAGAAAGAGGACGGGCGCUUUCCCUCUUUCUCUGGAUGUUCUCGUAGGCAUUUCAUCAAUUCUUUCUUUACGUACGGCGGUGCAGACAACCUCUUGAAGUCAAUUGGUGAAUCGCCAGUUGUUUACAAUUAUAACGGCGAGGAUAAUGGUAGUAAUGACAAUGCCAACAAUGAAGAUGGCAAUGGUUCCUCUGCAAAUGAAAUUUGUGUUGAGAUUGAAUACGGCUCUGGCUAUGACGAUAACGUGAACGAAGAUCAAUCCGGUUCUGGUUCUGGUAGCAACGACAACAAUGAAUUUAGUGGAACACUCGGUUGUGGCCCCGAUGGCGAAUAUGUCAUCGCUGCAUUCGAAUCCUCCAGCUGCGAUGGAAACUACUUUGCAGGAAUCGUAAAUAACUUCGACGAAUAUAAUGAACAACACAGUGCAAUUGGGUGUCACAACAUUUAUCAGUACGGCAAUGAAGCAUCGGUCGAGGACGUGACGAUGCUAUUGAGUAACUCUUGGAGCUGUGAUCGAAGAUUGUACCCUAAUGGUUGCCCUGAUCCAUACGGCAAGAAGCAGAGUUAUGACUUUGCUAUAAGAACUGUUGCCCAUGGUGGUAAUGCUGAACGUGCGUACAGAAACAUGAUGUUGAAGUUACCCCUUCACAUCGUCAGCUGGGUGUUACUCGCCCUUACCGUAACAGUUUUCAUUCUUACAUACCUCGUGAAGAACGAAUCACGGGCGAUUGAAUCGAAGGGUGGAAGAAAUUUUGUGGGAUAUUUGCGAUGCAUUGGAGAGGACAUAGUAACUGGUUGGGGAUGCUUUUGCACAUUGAUUGUAAACUGGUGUAGAAGUUCGUGCGAAGAUGGUCAAUCUUCCACUGAGGGCAGUGCUGCCAAAGACGAUGACGAUAAUGUCAGUACUGAUGAUAGUGACAAUAGUUAUGUCAAAGUUGAAGAAAAGCAACCUAAAAAGAAAAAUCGUGUGGGAGUUGCUUUAAAAAGAAGUGUUUCUGCAUUUGUUAAACUCAAAGGCAAAACUCGUGGAUCUGCAGACAAGGAGAAAAGCAAAGAACUACAGAAAGAAAAGGAUUUCUCACGAUCACCCACAUGGCACUAAAUUUAUGAUGGUAUGCCUUCUAAACGCGUAAAGCUACAGAAUCAAUUCUUCUUGGUUUCCGAAGUUGCGUUUCAAAUCCCGAUGCCUAUCUUGUAAUUUAUUUCAAACAAUAAUAAUAAUAAUGAAUGUUA